AUGGUGGCAAUGAGACAGAAGCAAAAUGAUGGCAAGUUCUUCCAAACUACAAAGCGCGGCGAAAUUCAGGAGCUCAAAGAAGAACUCCAUGCAAAUGACAAACAGAAGCAGAAAGAUGCCGUCAAAAAGGUCAUUGCCAACAUGACGGUUGGUAAGGAUGUGUCUGCCCUCUUUGCAGAUGUGGUGAACUGCAUCCAGACAGACAAUAUUGAGCUGAAGAAGCUCGUUUACUUGUAUGUCAUGAACUAUGCCAAGGCGCAGCCAGAACUUGCCAUUCUUGCCAUCAACACCUUCAGAAAGGAUGCUACAGAUCCAAAUCCUUUGAUCCGCUCUCUAGCUGUCCGGACGAUGGGCUGCAUUCGGCUCGACCAGGUCACGGAGUACUUGCUGGAGCCUUUGAGAAGAUGUUGCCAGGAUCAGGACCCUUAUGUCCGGAAGACCUCAGCGAUAUGUAUUCCGAAGGUGUACGACAUCAACCCGGAGCUCGUGGAAGACCAAGGCUUCGUGGACAUCCUGAAGGACCUCCUCGGAGACGGGAACCCGAUGGUCGUGGCCAAUGCGGUUGCAGGGCUCGCAGAGAUCUCCCAAACCUGCGGCAAGGACUUGCUAGAUCUAGACAAGGGCAACAUCCACAAGCUUCUAGCAGCCCUCAACGAAUGCAAUGAGUGGGGCCAGGUGUUCAUAUUGGACGCAAUCGCCACUUACGAACCGUCUGGACCCAACGACUCCGAGUCCAUCACGGAGCGCGUCACCGCAAGGCUCUCCCACGCGAAUCCCGCUGUGGUCAUCGCCGCCAUUAAGGUGAUCCUCAGAUGUAUGGAGCACAUAGAGAAUUCAGAGGUUUUGCGCCUGCUUGCCAAAAAGCUGAACCCUCCUCUGGUCACGCUGCUCUCCAGCGAAUCAGAGGUUCAGUAUGUGGCCCUGCGCAACAUCCGAUUGAUAGUGCAGAAGAGGCCUGGCAUUCUGGCCUCGGAUGUGAAGAUGUUCUUCUGCAAGUACAAUGAUCCCAUCUAUGUCAAGCUGGAGAAGGUUGACAUCAUGUGCAUGCUUGUCAGCGACAAGAACUUUGACCAGGUGCUUCUGGAGCUGAAAGAGUAUGCAUCCGGUGUGGAUGUUGAGUUUGUGCGGAAGUCCGUGCGAUCAAUUGGUAGAGUUGCCGUCAAGUUGGAGCGUGCCUGUGAGCGGGCCAUCAAUGUAUUGCUAGAGCUGAUCGAGACCAAGGUCAACUACGUCGUGCAGGAGGCAUGUGUGGUUGUCAAGGACAUCUUUCGAAAGUAUCCUUCUCGCUAUGAGCAGGUCUUGUCUGCCCUCUGCGAGUCCAUGGAGGUGCUGGACGAGCCAGAAGCCAAGGCUUCCAUGAUUUGGAUCCUUGGUGAGUAUGCUGGCAGGAUUGACAAUGCCGAUGAAUUGCUAGAGUCUUUCCUGGACACGUUCCAUGAUGAGCCGCUCAUGGUCCAGGUCCAGCUCUUGACUUCGAUUGUGAAGCUUUUUCUGCAGAAGCCUUCGUCCACCCAAGACAUGGUGUCCAAGGUGCUGAAGUGCGCCACCGAGGAGUCCACCAACCAUGAUCUUCGGGAUAGAGGAUACGUCUACUGGCGAUUGCUGUCGACGAACCCCGAAGCCACAAAAAGAGUGGUCCUUGGCGACAAGCCAUCGAUUCGGGAUGACUCGCAGUCGCUUGACAAAAACUUGCUGGACAAGCUCAACAGCGAGCUUUCCUUGAUGAGCAGCGUUUAUCACAAGUAUCCUGAGGAGUUUGUGACUAGGCUGACUCUGGCAACCACCACGUCAGCAGAUGACAAAGCAGCACAGGACGACGACUUCGAUGAGGAGGACCGGCAAGCAAGGCGACGGGAGGUUCAGGAGGAGCUGGAACGAGGUCCAGAUUCCUCCAGGAAUGGAACCUCCGCAGGAGGUGGUGGGUUGGACCUGCUCGACCUCGGCGGUGUUGGUGACGACAGCCCUGGAACACGCAACGCGCCCGCUCAGACGCUGCAGAAGGUGGCAGUGCUGCCAUCAACGCAGCCAGGGCAGCAUGGCAAUCAGGGCUUCGCUGUUUCUGCAGCCUUCACAAGACAAAGGGGAACACCGACACUCCUCAUGACUUUCUCCAACAGCAGCCCUGGGACAUUGAAUGGCUUUGCCAUCCAGGUGAACAAAAAUCCGUUUGGCUUCGCUCCCAAAGAGCAGCUAGCAUGUCCAGACAUAAGUCCGGGAUCAUCUGCCGAGGUUUCUGUAGCCAUGGCUCCCGGCCAGCUAAACAGCAACACUCCACCAAGCCACCCCCUUUUACUCCAGGUCGCAAUCAAAACAUCACUUGACAUUUUCUACUUUCACGUCCAGUUCGAUCUCUCAGCGGUCUUGCUGGAGAACGCCGCCCUAAGCCGGGACGAGUUCACACCAGUAUGGCAACGGGUGGGUGAAGCAGGUCAGAAAGUUUAUUCGAUCAGUAUCGACAGACCCUUGGACGUGGAGUCGGUGAAAAGCCGACUUUCCCUCGAUAAUGUCCACUAUGUCGCACAGCGGCAGGUUGAUGAUGGCUCAGUGCUGCUGUACACCUCAGCACAGACACUGAACAAUUGUACGGUUCUCUCAGAAGUCACCGUCAGUCCUGGUAGCAACAGCAUCAAGGUGGCUACUCGAACGGAGACGCAAGUGUUGGUACCUCUGUAUGAGGCCAUGCUGAGCAAAAGAUUUGCUAGUGGCUAG